CCUUGGUGCCCCUUGGCGGGAGGACAGCGAGGGUGCCUCCCGGGUCUGCACAGCAGCUGCCGGUGGCUGGGCACAAGGGGCGCGGGACACGCGGGACGAACCGGGCGAGUCACCGGGCGCUCGGAGGGCUCAGGGCUCCGCUGCAGGCGCUGCCGGAAGCCGGGGCGGGGCAACCGCGCGGGAUGCAGUGAAGGGCGAGCGGCUCGGCGGCGGCGAUGAGUGCCUCUGCGGCCACCGGGGUCUUCGUGCUGUCCCUCUCGGCCAUCCCGGUCACCUAUGUCUUCAACCACCUGGUAUCCCAGCACGACUCCUGGACAAUUGUAGGGGUUGCUGCUCUCAUCCUGCUCCUGGUAGCCCUGCUGGCUCAAAUCCUGGUCAAGAGAAAACUACCCCGGGACCCGCUGUUCUAUGUGUUCGCAGUGUUCGGAUUUACCAGCGUGGUGAACCUCAUCAUAGCACUGGAGCAGGACGGGAUCAUUGACGGGUUCAUGACACACUACCUGAGAGAGGGUGAACCGUAUCUGAACACUGCACAUGGGCACAUGACCUGCUACUGGGAUGGUUCUGUUCACUACCUGAUGUAUCUGGUGAUGGUGGCAGCCAUAGCGUGGGAGGAAAGUUAUAGAACCAUCGGCCUAUGUUGGGUUGGAUCUAUUAUUAUGAGCAUUAUUGUUUUUGUGCCAGGAAACAUUGUAGGGAAGUAUGGAAUACGCACUUGCCCUGCUUUUUUCUUAAGCAUACCAUAUACUUGUCUUCCUGUCUGGGCUGGUUUCAGAAUCUAUAAUCAGCCAUCAGAAAAUUAUAAUUAUCCCUCAAAGGUCGUUCAGGAAGUCCAAGCGAAGGACCUGCUGAGAAGACCAUUCGAUUUAAUGUUGGUCAUAUGUCUACUUCUGGCAACUGGAUUUAGCCUGUUUAGAGGUUUGAUUGCUUUGGACUGCCCAGCUGAGCUCUGCCGAUUUUAUGCGCAAUUUCAAGAGCCUUAUCUAAAGGAUCCUGCGGCUUAUCCUAAAAUCCAGAUGCUGGUCUAUCUGUUCUAUUCUGUCCCUUACUUUGUGGUUGCACUUUAUGGCUUAGUGGUGCCUGGAUGCUCCUGGAUGCUUGACAUAACCCUGAUACACGCUGGCGGUCUAGCACAGGUACUAACGAAUACUUCUUAUGAAAUGAACGCUCCUCUUGGGAGGGUAUCUGACACAUUCCUCACAGAAAGCACCCAACAUAACCUUGACUAGCACCCCUGCUUGCUACCAUUUCUCAUUUAGAAGUUUUAUGCAAUCAUGAUCCUACUAACUUCGUCAAAACCUGCAUGUAUUGAAAGAUCUAGUGAAUUCCCAAGAGCCUAUGCGAUUUAACAAGAAAAAUACCUUUGAAAAGCUUCUAGAUCAGUACAAGUCCAUGGAAAACAUUAAGUAGUUACUGGUCCCUGAUUUCAGACCGUGUAGGAGUCUACCAAAUCUGCUGCCUUCAGAAAUCGAAAGAUCAAUCAAGUAAAAGAAAAUCAAAUCAAAACAGGGUACAUUUUACCCCAGAGUUCCACUGGGGACGCUUUCAUAACCCAAGUGUCUUUCCAUAGAAAAUCCUCAGCAUAGGAUUCAAGUUGCAAGUCUAAUUUGAAAAGUAUUACAGGCUGUUUAGAUCCACUCAUUAACAUUUUCUAUCAAUUGAAGAAUUUUUUUCUGCUAAAGUGUCACUGAAAAUUAAAAGAAUCAGAGCCAACAGAGUCAAAAUGGCUAAGAGUGUGAGUUCCAAAGGCAGACUGGAUCCAUCUCAGCCAUCACUAAUGAGCUCAGUGAGCCUGGUAUUUCUCUCAGAUCCCGUUUCCUCUUCUGUGUGUGGUUAGGAUAAUAACAGUACCUUUCUCAUCGAGUUGCUCUGAGGAUUAAAUGAUGCAGUAUGUGUAAAGGGCUUUGAACACUGCCUGGCACGUCAUAAUCUAUGAACCUCUUCGUUGCUAUUAUUUUGUUGUUGUUAGAAGAUUCCCAGUAAGAGUCUGGAGGGGAAAUACCUUAUGUUGUUCAGAAGAUCCAUUCAUUAAUCUGUAGCGAUGGGUAUUGUAAUUACCUAAAAAUCAGAGAAACUGGGAGAAAGCUUUGGGGCAGCUUCACAGUGGGUUUGGCAGGGAGCCUCCACGCCACCGUUAACCCUCACGGCCACGGAAGCAGGAGCAGUUCCGUUUCAGCCAGGCAACGCCCUGCCCAUCCCAGCCUCGUCCUCCGCUCCCUGGCUAUGCAGGUGCGACAUGCUUUCUCACAAAGGGGUCUGGAGGCCCAUCUGUAGAUAAUUCGGUUGACUCUAUGGGAGGUAAAUUUUAUGUUUUUCCUUUAUGGAAACCUUUAAGAAAUAUCUGAAAGCUUUAGGAAGAACAUGGGUAAUUGGGAUACUAAUGCAAAUCCCAUUUUAAUCAUGUGCUUCUGGGGUGAUGCCUCACUAACAUCUUUCCUCUUAAAACUAGACUUUGGGUUUAAUAUUUUACGUGCUUAUUAUCCUUUAGUGGAGACAGACAGUCUUGAAAUUGUCAAAAGGUCAGCAAGGGGAUCUAAAACCAAAGAACCCAGGUUUUCAACGAGGUGGAGUACAGAUCCUAGACAGGUAUUUCGGUUGGGUUUUGAAUCUGUCUGUGGAAAAGCCCCAGGUACUUGGAAUGGUCCUAACCUCUUGCCAAAGAUCAACUCAUUGAACCGGCAUGGCAAACCCAGGAGACCGGCUCCGUUAUUAGCCAACUUCUACAGAUGAGGGAGCCAAAGAGGUUACAUACCUAACGCAAGGUCAGACUGCUGGUUUGCGGUGUAGCCGGGACUGGACGCUGUCAGUCUGCUUCCAGAUUCAAUGUCCUUAACCACUAGACUAUGCUGCUCAGAAAAUCCUACAAAAACGGUAACAGUCCUGGAUUAGCUACUUAUACUGUAUUCGCCAAAGAGCCUGGUUAUUGUCCCAAUGUUCCCAUUCGUUUUGACCUGUAUUUAUGUGGAUACAUGAAACUUAGUUCUCCUUUCUGGAGCCAGGAAUGUGAUUUUCAGUCACCACCCCCAGAUUGUCUCUAUAAGAAAACAGAGCUACUGAAAUUUAACCUUUCUUUGCCUUUAUUAUCUCAUUUUCUAUCCCAAUCAUCCAUUCUAAAAAAAAUAAAUAAAAUAAAAAAAAUUAAAAUAUAUCUCAAGUAAAGGUGAAAAAUGAUUUCGAAUGGAGUAGAAAAAAAAUUAUUAGGGGCUCCACCUCACAUCACUGAAUUUUGGAGCAAUGUGUGGGAUCCAUAACUUGGACCUAUAAGCCUGGGCCACGUCAGCUCAGCAACAGACCCCAGCACAGUGGGAGACCCUCUGCAGCCCCUUCUCACCUAUGUGCUGGGGACUCUCCUCAGGUGAGGCUAAGGUUCUUCUGAAACUUCAGAAGCCUGGAAACAACUCCCGAUGCUGAGGCUGGGUGCCCACUCCGCUGAGGUGUGGCCACCAUCAUACACACACCAUUAGAACCAUGGACAGCACCGGAAACGGCAGAAACCAGGCCUCAGGCUGCUUCUCUCACAGACAGGCACCUCUUGAUCAAAAAUAUCAUCGUCUUUGCCCCAUUAAAUAAUUCUGAAGACAAAGGCCUACUAAAACACGUAUAAAAACAGAAAAAUGCUUUGUAGAAGCUUUCUGUAUUUUGACAGCCACGAGACCAUUGUUGUAGAAUGUUUAUUGAGCUCUAACAGUGCGAGAGGUGGCACACAAAACAUCAGAAACAGUACCUGCCCGGUGGGCUUACAAUCUACUCUAAGGAUAUGAUCAUGGUUUAAUGUUGCCAUGAGUGUGCUGUUUGAGAAAAUGAGGUAUUAACUGCACGGUUAGUGCAGGACAAAAGCCUCAGGAAUCACUGACUGUGCUGGUUUCCCAUGCGAGUAGGUGUGAUCGCUCAGAUCACCCAUUCUCUGCAAGUAGGGUUGGCAUUGCCCCACGUUUGGUGCUUUCUGUGAUGUGUACAAGUGUCUAUAAAGAUAGAGACACCAAAUCCACACGUCUGAAAAUCAGGUUUCAAAUCUGGCCUCCAGUACAGAAGAAAAACAUUGGUUACAGUCAGUCAAACACUGUUAUUCCAAACAGGCCCUAGGGGAAAAUAGUGCCGGGAACAAAACUCCUGUUCAGUGUUCCCACGAUGUCCACAGGACCCACAGCUCCGGACAACCUCUCAAAUACCCUUUAUUCUCAAGGUCGUUUGUCUUCAGAGCCCGGAGAAGAAAUGCUUAUGGGCUGCUGGGUUCCCUUUAGGCACCUGCCCCAGGAGGUGUUCGAGGGCAGAGCCCUCUUAGGGCCUGGUGGACCACAAUGCAGGUGUCCUUGGCAACACACCCCAUUAAUUUGAUUUCUAUCUCCAGAGAGCUGCAAACCUGUACCAGAGGUCCCCAGAAUGUCCCAGUAACUUAUAAAAAUGUAGCCUGUUGAAAUACCUGUCACUGAUAUAAAGCCAUACACGUGCUGCUUAUGAAAACCUGUCCUUUGCUUGUCACGGGAAAAUCAAGUGCUUAGUAACACCUUUAUCUGUUAACUGCUUAGCAGAAUAAACUGAUUUCAUGUGAAAGGAAUUGCAAGAUAACAUAUGUAUUUAAAGCAAAUUAAUUUUCAUUCUUGUUAUGUCUGUGCCUUCUUCAGACUGUGAUACCUUCUGUCUCUUCCCUUUGAUUCUGAUGAACUAGUAACUCACCACCUAUUAGUUAUACCCCCAAUUCUUUAUUCCUGUGUGUCUUGAGUCUCAGUAAGGUAUGAAAAUGCAGACUCCAGGACGGCACUUUGUAAUGAUACAAGGAUCCUGAGCAAAUCCCACAGAAAGAAACCUUUUCUAAUACAGUUUCCCCUGUACUUAUGAAAAGUAUCAAAAAGACCAACCAGCACAUUCUGAUGUGUGUUCUGAACAAGUACAGAGGCUCUUGCCUUUCCAUUUUACAAGCAGACCAGCCGUACUUCUAAAUAAAUUUUAAGUAGAUUCAAAAAGGUCGCCUUCCUGCACAGUUGCCAUUUUAUGGAGAGCAACCAUAAUUCCAUCGCCACCUGCAUUGGUAACCUUAUCUUACAAAACAACUUUUAGCAUUUUUGAAAGUUGCACGAGAAAGAAAUACAUGAAUGAAUAAAUAAACCAACAAAGAUACAUAAUGUAGGGCUUUGAGCUCUUGCUCCAGGGAGUAGGUGAAAGACUAAUAAAUGAAACUGAGGUCCUCAGGGCUUUUCAACUCUGUACUUUCUUAAUGUUUACUGGAACACACUUUAUGAGCCACUAUCGAGACCUUAUACAGGAUGUUCAGAAUGCAAAUCAGGAAAAACCAGACUUUUUUCAGAUUUUUCUGUUAGAUUGAACUAAUGUUUGGUCUCGGGCACUACUCGGGUUAUAAAACAGCUGGUGAAAUAAAGCCACGCUAAAGGUGUACUUUAUUUGAAUAUUUAUGUCAAGACUGGCCUUAAAUUCAAUGAAAUAUUGAUGACUAUGGAUUGUUUGAAAGUACUGUUUUGAGGGCAGAGGAACAUGGUCUGAAUUCAGAACUCACCGUAUAUCCAACUGAACACAAAGUUCAUGCUUACCCUGUUUUGUUUUUUAAUGCAACAGGCUCAGUUUUCUCACAUCGGUGCUUCUCUUCAUGCUAGAACUGCUUAUGUGUACAGAGUCCCCGAAGAAGCGAAAAUCCUUUUUCUAGUAUUAAACAUAGCAUAUGGAGUUCUUCCUCAGCUCCUGGCCUAUCGUUGUA